ACAUUUUGCUUCAUGCUAUGGUCGAAAGCUACUUCCAUUCCGUUCUCUGCGUCGAUUUCGAUUUAGGAAGGUAACCCCAACGCAGGAAUACACAGGGUCAGAUCGUGAACACGCCGGAGCUGCUCCAGCCUUCAAUUGUAUUUUGCUUCCUCCGAAUCACCGAUUCCAAAAUCGCUGCUGCUGUUCCUCAGAUUUACAGGUUUGAGGCGGAGCCAGAGGUGCGAGGUAUGGACGUAAAUCGCGUCGCUCAUGCGGCGGUGCAAGCAUGCAUCACAUAGAAUACGUGGUGUCGGAGAUCGAUCGGCGCUUUUGUUUCCUUGAUUUGGGGGUGAAAUUGAGCAGCAGGAUGUCGCAUCAGGUGGUAAAAGUGAGGCGAGAUGCGGUGGCGCCAUGCAUGACAUGUCCUCUUUGCCGCAAACUAUUCCGCGACGCUACUACGAUUAGCGAGUGCCUUCACACAUUUUGUAGGAAGUGCAUAUACAAGAAGCUGUCAGAGGAGGAAAUGGAAUGCUGCCCAAUAUGCAGCAUUGACUUGGGAUGUGUUCCACUGGAGAAGUUGAGGCCGGAUCACACUCUACAAGAUGUGAGAGCAAAAAUAUUUCCUUCGAAGAGGAUAAAGGCAAAAACACCUGAAGUUGUUCCACCUGUUACAUUACCUGCCAAGAGAAAGGAAAGAUCUCUCUCAUCCUUGGUGGUCAGCACUCCCAGAGUAUCAACACAGAGUGGAAUGACCGGAAGAAGAUCAAAAUCUACUGCUAGAAAAGCAUCAAGGGGUUCCAGUUUUACAAUUGAAAAACCUGUUAAAAAAGAAGAUGAGUCCAUGGAGGGCCAUCCGGAGAGCUCUAGCUCGCCAGAUAUGCUGAACAAACUUUCUCAGAGUACAAGGCAGAACUCUGCUUCUGGUGAGCCAUAUAAUCAGCAAAGUGCCAAUAAGGGUAUGGAAAACGGAUCUGAGGCCUGGGAAGGGAAAUUAGAUCUUUGGAAACCUUUAAAUUGUUUGGUUGAGGCAGCAAACCGGAGUAAGUCUUCAAAGAUUAACAUACAGGGAUCUGCUCCUAAAUCAGAAACUCUACAACACAAUGAUGGACUACUUGCCAGUAAAACCAAGAAUAAAGAACAACGGCAGAAAUCUAAAGUUCAAGAUGAUCGGGCCUGCAAUGACCAAUUUCCUUCAGAAUCAGAAAGGCAGAAAAAAUUGCGGAAAUUUCGUCAAAAGAAGGCACAAAAUUAUGGAGAAUUCAGGGCCCCUCCUCAGUUUGUUCUUGAUGCAUCUAGUAUUAAACUUGACCGCAGAAACUAUCCCAUUUGGUUUUCACUGGUUCCUGAAGAACAGGAAGGAGAUGGACCAACCUUGCCUCAAAUUGCUGCAAGUUACAUUAGAAUAAAGGAUGGAAGUGCACCAGUUUCUUUCAUUAAAAAGUACCUCAAGAUGAAGUUAAAUCUAUCAAAUGAAGACGAGAUUGAAAUUAAAUGCAUGGGACAACCGGUGAUCCCGACGUUGAUGCUGAGCAAUCUAGUGGAUCUGUGGCUCCAAAAUCCAACAAGGAGAAUCUCAGCCACAGUCGGCUCAUCAGCCAAGGACUUUGUGAUGGUAUUGUCCUACGCUCGCAAAACUUCAUAAUUCAUCGAAACACACACGCCCCAAUUUUUUUUUUACCGGACCCAAAUAACCCUUCCCUCCCCAUUUAUAUGUUUCAUUCAUAGAAGUUAUCUAAAUUUAGCGAUCUAUCAAACUUUAUGACUAUUGCUAUGUAUCGGUGCACCUUAGGAACUUAGAUGAUGAGUUUCGAUUACACUCGGGGACUUUAAACUCUGCAUGCACGUAUUUGUAUAUAAGGUUUGAUAGUCGAUGCACGCACUCGGGGUUUGUAUGUAUUUCAGGAAUGAAUUGUUUGUUGUA